AUGACUUGUAAUACGGGCAGGCUCCGGCAGCAGGGCAGGACAGAUGUGGCUGUGGACUUGUACCUGGCCGUCCUUCUGCUCUUCACCAUCCUGGCCCUUGUCCUUGCCUCCUUCUUCGUAAGGCUGCGGGGAGCCGAGGGCAAGCAGACCUGGGGGCUGGCAGCGGCCAAAGAGGCCCGGGAGAGCAGCCCCGGGGACCAAGUGGCAGCGGGAGGGGGGCAGGAGGUUGGGAUGGAGUGGCUGUUGGUGGAGGAGGUCGAGGAGGGGAAGGAGGCAACUGCCGAGCAGCGGGAGGAGCUGGCGGAGGAGCCGAGCUCUGCGGCCGAGCCCAGCCCUGCAGUGGCUAAAAGCAUCCCCUGGCAGCUGCCUGCCAAGCCCCAUGAGCCUGAGCCCCAGGAGCAUGCAGAGAGCGAGGUACCACCUUUGGGAGACUCAGCUGGGCCCAGCCUCGGGCACCCGGGACAAGUGGAGGAUGCAGGAGACCACGCAGCAUUUCCCGACAGGUGA